UUCCAUAAUGUGUGAUGAGAAAGCACUGAAACAUUGAUGUCAAUAUCCACCAACUUUCACUGUAAACAAUGCUAUAUAAAUGCUAUAUACAUAGUUUCAUUAUUUCAAAUCCAUUUUGAGAAAAUAUCAGAGAAACACUAUCCUCCUCCGAAAAAUGUCAGACUUUCUCAAAAACAUUGCUGCCCCAGAAAAUUUUCUAGUUAAGGUGAGUAAGAAAAGUGUUGUGAAAGCACUCAAUCCUCCAGAAGAACCAUUUUCAAUCACUCUCUCAAAUCUUGACCUGCUUUCAGGUCGUUUUCCUGUUACAUACUUGUAUUUCUACCGCAAACCUGAAUCAGAUAACUUCAAGGCUUUUGUUGAUGCUCUUAAAAGCUCUCUAGCACAGAUACUUGAUCACUACUAUCCCUUUGCUGGCCAAAUUGUUCAGAAUCCCAAAACUAGUGAGCCUGAGAUCAUAUGUGACAACAAUGGUGCUCUAAUCAUUGAAGCACACACAAAUACGCCAUUAAAGAGUGUAGAUUUUUAUGAUCUCAAUGGAACUCUUCAAGAUAAGGUAGUCUCGGUUGAACCAGAUUUCCCCACGCAAAUUCAGGUGACUGAAUAUUCAUGUGGAGGUGUGUCUAUAGCCUUUACUUUUGAUCAUGCAUUAGGUGAUGCCACUUCCUUUGGAAAGUUCAUUGCUUCCUGGUGUGAAAUGGCUCAAAAGAAACCACUCUCGUGCAUACCAGACCAUAGCAGACACCUUCGUGCACGUUCUUCUCCCAAAUAUCAACCAUCCUUGGAUCAAAAUUUUAUGAGGUGCACCAUGGAAGAGAUACAGAACAUGCCAAUGAACCAUAUCUCACUGAAACGCCUUUAUCAUAUCAAAGCAUCAAGCAUCAACAUGCUGCAGAAACUUGCUUCUGGGAAUGGAGUCAAGAAAACAAAGAUUGAAGCUUUCUCUGCUUAUGUAUGGAAGGUAAUGAUUGGUAGCAUUGAUCAAAGGCUUCAUGAAAAGUGCAAGAUGGGUUGGUUGGUGGAUGGAAGAGAAAGGAUGGGAAGAGGUGAGAAUUUGAUGUCAAAUUACAUUGGUAAUGUGCUGUCUGUGGCAUUCGGGGAGGCAAGUAUUCAAGAAUUGAAGGAAGGUUCUAUAUCAGACAUUGCUAACACAGUGCAUGAGGCAAUUUCAGAGGUAAACAAUGAGGCUCAUUUCUUGGACUUGAUUGAUUGGAUUGAGUGCCAUAGGCCUGGUUUGAUGCUAGCAAAGGCAGUGUUGGGUGAAGAAGUACCAACCCUAGUGGUGUCCUCAGGACACAGGUUUCCAGUGACUGAGGUUGACUUUGGAUUUGGGAACCCCUUGCUAGGGACAGUGUACACUAGCAUUCCUAGGGUAGGAGUUGGUUACAUGAACCAAAGGUUAAGUGCCAAGGGUGAUGGUUCAUGGACUGUGUCUGCCAUUUUGUGGCCACAACUCGAAGAAGCAUUGCAUAAUGACCCAAUUUUCCACCCCGUGUCUGUUUCUCAUCUUGAACUUUAGUGCAGUACAAUGCUUUUAUCUUCUUUAUGGUUCGGUAUCAGUGUUUGUCUGUCUGUUUUUUUUUUCUUUUCUUUAGGAAGUAUUCUAAUGAA